AUGUUAGUGCCAAAAGCUGUAACCCCGAGCUACACUCGGGCUUACCAUGCGGCGCUGCAUAGGGAGUCCCUGCAGAGCUUACCUUGUCCUUCGCUCCUGCGAUGUGUCCCCUGCAGCAUCCCCGGCCAUCUCCUCCGGCCGAUGCCAGCACCUGGCUUCUGUGUUCCGGGCCCUGUGACGUCGGGACGUACGGGCGCCGCCACUGGCGGCGGGAAAUUUGAAAAUUUUGAAAAAUGUCAUUUUUUUUCAAAAAUUUUUCAUAUGCUUUGUCCUGUGCCCUGCCUGCAUUUUGUCUGUUCUUUC